AUGCCUUUCACAGCAUCGCUUUCGUUCAGCGACAUUUGCAAGAUCAUCCUCGCCAUCAUCCUCCCGCCUCUGGGUGUCUUCCUUGAGCGAGGAUGCAAUGCUGAUUUCUUCAUCAACAUCCUGCUCACCAUCCUGGGUUACAUCCCCGGCAUCAUCCACGCUCUGUACGUUCUUGUGCGCUGUCUCGCUCUUCACGAUAAGCGCUAA